AAAGGAAGAAUGGACUACAGUCACCAAGCUUCCCUAGUCCCCUGUGGACAAGAUAAAUACAUUUCCAAGAAUGAACUUCUCCUGCACCUUAAGACCUAUAACUUAUACUACGAAGGCCAGAACCUGCAGCUCCGACACCGAGAGGAAGAAGAUGAAUUCAUUGUGGAGGGGCUGCUGAACAUCUCCUGGGGGCUGCGCCGGCCCAUCCGUCUGCAGAUGCAGGAUGACAACGAACGCAUCCGUCCCCCUCCGUCCUCUUCCUCCUGGCACUCUGGUUGCAACCUGGGAGCCCAAGGCACCAUCCUGAAGCCCCUUGGCAUGCCCAACAUUCAGAUCUCAGAAGUGGACGCGCCUCCUGAGAGUGACCAGACACUGAGCCCCACAGAUGUGAGGGGCCUGAAGCCUGUGCAGGAAGACACCCCACAACUGAUGCGCACACGCAGUGAUGUGCAGCCUGCUGUACACUGAAAGCUCUAAAAACAUCUCAUGAAUACUCACUCCCACCUCUCUAUUUGGCAGACGUCGGUGUUCACGCCGGCCUAUGGCUCUGUCACCAAUGUUCGCAUCAACAGUACCAUGACCACCCCGCAGGUUCUGAAGCUGCUGCUUAACAAGUUUAAGAUUGAGAAUUCGGCAGAAGAGUUUGCUUUGUACGUGGUCCACACCAGCGGUGAGAAACAGAAAUUGAAGAACACCGAUUUUCCCCUGAUUGCCAGAAUCCUCCAGGGCCCGUGUGAGCAGGUCUCCAAAGUGUUCCUCAUGGAGAAGGACCAGGUGGAGGAAGUCACCUAUGAUGUGGCCCAGUACAUAAAGUUCGAGAUGCCGGUCCUUAAAAGCUUCAUUCAGAAGCUCCAGGAGGAGGAAGAUCGGGAAGUCAAGAAGCUGAUGCGCAAGUACACCGUGCUCCGGCUAAUGAUUCGGCAAAGGCUGGAGGAGAUUGCCGAGACCCCAGCAACAAUCUAAGCCACAGACACCCCAGGGGCUGCCAUUGAUCCCAGAAGACCCACAGGAAGCUGGGUACUUUCCUCCCAUGGAAACAUUUAAAUGCAAACCUCCCCAGCCCCAGACAAGCCAUCAUGGUUCCCUGGAGCAGGAUGGAGAAGCCAGCAGACAACUACCCGUCCUUGGAUCCCUGCUCUCCUCUCUUCCACUUGCAAGGACUUUUGAGUUUUGUUCUAAGGAGAACCCAAAAAUAUAUAUGUGUGCAUGUGUGUGUGUGCACACACACACACAACCCAAGUCCAUGUGCCUCUCUGAUACUUUCACAUGCAAUUAAAUUCCAAGCAACCAGCGUGAGUGCCAUGAGCUGGUAGAAGCGCUGCUCAUGGACAGGAAAAAAGGACAUGUCUGAGAGGCUUUGGCUAAAGAAAAGAUGUUUUCCCUCCAGUGCUGGGGUAGCCAUGCAUAUCACCCAUGUGUGGAAGGCAAAAGGGCUCCACCAGCUCCCCAUUAGGGGGAUUUAUAUAUUAAGAGAAAACCUCCCUAUAUGCCUAGAAGGAUUGGUGAAUAUGAUGUCCUUAGAAAUUAACAAAAGAACAGCCCCAUCCCCUUGGGGCAAGUCAGAUAGAUCGGAAGAGAUAACCCAUCCUGGGUAGAAGCAAUGAGGCCACAAGUUUUUACACUGGAAACUUUGAUGGUUUUAAAUAACAAAACGAAUGUGCUUUUCUGUGUGGAUACCCAAAAAGAAUGGAUUCAGCCUCUGUUCCUGCUCCACAGCCACCUCAAGAAGUCAGGGAGCCUGCGUGUUUCUCACCAAGCUGCCAAACGAACUCUCUGGUGCCUCCUUGGGUUGAAGGAGAGUCUCAUGAAACAAAGGUGUUGCUGGUGUGCAUACAGCACUGAUUGGCUCAUGUGCCCUGAGCCUGGCUUGUUCUGAGAUGGUAGCCAGGAAAUUUCCAACUUCCUUUCUUAGGGCUAAAGGGAAGGGUAGAGGUCACUUGGUUAAAUGACACGUGUCUUCAGGGCCAGCCCAUCUCACAUCAGCAAGUCUUCCUGCACUUGGAGCUGGGGACUAUGUGUUUGAAGUCAAGAUUUUAUUCUUUCUAACCUCUGGAUUCUUGCACAUUCCCUCACCUUGUGUGUGGAGAUGGACUUGUCCUGCUGCUUGGGGAUGCUUUUAGACUGUCCUGUGAGGAAGGACAGGGCAGCCACCUUGCUGAUCUUUAGAGGCAACCUCAGUGGGGGGAAGGGCAGGGACUGCCUGUCCCCUGGGAUCCCUAUCAGGAAACUUGCCAAGCAGCUGUGUGACUGAUAUCACUCGAGGGGGGACAGACAGAUGCUUGGAGCCAAAAUCAGGGGUGUCUGAGCCUUGCUGUGGUCUGGGUGCUCCCCACCUCUUCUUCACCUUCUCUCCCAGGAAGGUUUGGAGAGCACUGGCCAGUGUCCCCAAAGGGAGGUGGCUUUUUGCAGCAGACCCAUUCCCAUCCCAGGCACUCUCUGGUCCCCCAUCCGUGCCUGUGCCUAUUGGCUUUUCCAAGGCCGCUUUAAAAAGCUCACAGCUGUGGUCUCAUUGUGGACUUCAGAAAGAUGGCAGGCUGCCACCAGCCAUCUUGCUGGAGAUCUCGUACUUCCUUUGCGGGGAGCAGCACCACCAGCCCCAUGGGGCGUGGGGCAGAAACCCAGAAGGCUUAGUGUCAAUCAUACGCCUAGGUGAUUUCUGCAAAAAGCACAGAAUGGGAGGGGGGUGGGGAGGGGCUUGGAGGCGGGUGAGGCUUCCUCUGUUACAGAUGGGAAAGAGCAGAUUUGUGAAUGCAGCAUAUCGAGAAAAUGCUUUGGAGAAUUUCAUUUCCUGAAUGUUCAAAGCCUUCCUCGCCCCCAAUAAUUCUCCUUUGGGGGCCGGGAGGAAGAAUUUCCACAAAGCAAAUUACUAACCACUAACUCUUACUGGACAGCUAUUUCUGGUUUAUAAAUGUUUCUGUAACUUGCACUCACUUUACAAUAGUGUUAACUAUGGAAAUGUCGCAUAACACCAGUUUGCCAGGUCACUUUCCAAGAAUGGGAGACCAAAGUAAACUUGGCUUUUUAAAGUGUGGGUUCUGGGUGGAAGUAGGGGAAAAGCACAUUCUACACACUUCACCAAUGCAGGCCACACGCUUCCUUUGUGGCCAGUCCGUGGAGGUCAUUUCUCCCCUCUGAAUAACCUGAUCAAGGAGUUUGGAAUCUUGGUGGGUGUGGAGCUCAGUGGUAGAAGCUCAACCAACCAACCAAAACCAAACAGCUCCCCUCGCCCAAAACAAAUAAAGCAGAAGGGUAACAACAAAACCCCAAAUGAACUUUAGAAUGCUUUGAAAUAGCAGCAGCUGAAACACACCCUCUAUCACAGUAUGGACCAUUUUCCCACUGGUAUUGGAUGGCCUCGCAUCUUUGAACUCCUCCACUGACUUGUGUUGGUUAUGUAAUUGUGUACAAUGAAUCCGAAGUUGGGUGAAGAACAAAAGGCCGAUGUAGAGGGUUUUCCAACUUGAGAAAAGCAGUUGGGUUGCAUCUGGCCUUUUUUUUUGGCAGAGGUUUAUGUUACAAGGUGAUCAAGUGAAGGAAAACACCCUGAGUCUGUCUGACUGGGGUGGUAGAAUUAAGCACUGGUCACAUUCUUGGUGAUCACAUUAGUGGGAAGGUAAUGACUAAAAAGGGACUGUCACUUGGGAAGGGGCCGAGAAGCACAGAUGGGUGUGAUGGUGAGGGGUGUGCACCCUGGUCUCCCAGCUUGAAGGACUUCAGGUUCCAGUUGAGGGUAAGCUGAGAGCUCUCAGGAGAUUUGCCACCUGUCCCGAGAAAAGCACAGACACCUAAGGUCAAGGUUUUGAUAAGACAUGCUGAUGCUUCAAGAGACAUAUUUGCACCUUUUCUCCUUCCUACCAAAAAGAAAAUAAUAUUCUGUCCUAGAAACUUCCAGAUAAAGACACUUUAUCAACAUAUCUAUGGCAUAUGAUGACCCCCCCUCAAUUUUUCCUCUGUACAAAAAACAUCCUGACAAGAAUUCUUUUCUGUGGAGUUGGGUGAUAAUUUAGUGUCAGGAGGAAGGAAGGAGAAAUGAGCCAAAAAAGGGCAAGAAAUUCUUGUUAAAGCAACAAAAACAACCAAUCAACCAAAUAAACAAACAAGCAA